AUCAGUAGUAAGAAAUUUAGGACGUGGUGGAAUUAUGCUGCAGGGUGGAAGCUCACGCAUUUUUGGUCUAGGCGCGAAGCGAUGGAUUCAAUCUGGUGGUGAAAAGAUAACUAUAUUAACAUCAAAAGAAACAUUUGAUGAAAAAGGAAAAAAAUUAAAAGAUCAUAAAAAGCCAACACAUUCUGACGCCGAUACGCAUCCAAUAACCCAAGCAAUCCUCGAUAGACACGCUCAAUAUUCAUUAAACACCUACGUUCGCCCUCCAUUAAUUUUCACGCAUGGCAAUGGUUGUUACCUGUAUGAUUAUGCGGGCCGAAAAUAUUUAGAUUUUACUGCUGGAAUUGCAGUCAAUGGAUUAGGCCAUGCUGAUCCCGAACUUUCGACAAUAGUCCACGAUCAAACACAACGAUUAAUACAUCUAUCCAAUUUGUAUCAUAAUGAAUACGCGGGUGAGCUGGCUGAAAUGUUGGUAAAAGCCACGCGAGAAAAUGGUGGAUUCGAUGCAGCCAAAGUAUUUUUCUCAAAUUCAGGAACUGAGGCCAAUGAAGGCGCAUUGAAAUUUGCAAGAAAAUGGGGAAAAUCUAUUGCAAAAGAAAUUGGAGUAGACGAGAAUGAAAAAUACAGAAUUAUAUCAUUUAAUAAUGGAUUUCACGGAAGAUCUAUGGGUGCAUUAUCUGUGACACCAGCUCCCAAAUAUCAAAAGCCAUUUUCACCGUUAAUUCCUGGCGUUUCUCAUGCUCCAUUCAACGACGUGACAAAGAUUAAUGAAUUUAUUACGAGAGAGACUUGUGCCGCUAUUAUCGAACCAAUUCAGGGUGAAGGUGGUGUUUUUGAGGCGAGA